GUGGCAGCUCUCAGCAUGAUCGGCCAAGCCACCGAGAUGAAAACUGUGCCUUACUUCUGGUCAGCCAUGUUUGGGAAGACGAUCCGAUACGCAGGUUAUGGUGAUGGUUUUGAUGAUGUCAUCAUACAAGGAGAUCUGGAUGAACUCAGAUUUGUAGCAUUUUAUACCAGGAGUGAGGAGGUAGUCGCUGUUGCUAGUAUGAGCUAUGAUCCCAUUGUGUCCCUUGUUGCAGAAGUCUUAGGAUUUGGAAAGACGAUUAAGAAACGAGAUGUGGAGGCAUUCACAGGAAACCCCGGAUCCAUCCGUUCCUUUUGAUCUCAGCAACAAAAGGUUCAUAAACAUGUCCUCCAACACUGCUGAAUCAUGGAACAACAGCGCCACAUAGUGGCGACUGCAGGCAUAACCAUGAUACAAGAACAAUAAUAUGAUUGGCCA